CCGCUCAAUCCCUCCACCUUCGUUCUAUCUCCCCUGUCGCUAAUGUCUGUCGUCACAGACGCGUCUGCCUCGGAGGCGCAUCGGCCCGGUGAACACCUCUCUGAUUACUCUCCCCGCCAUCUCCCAGACCUCCCCUUCGUCCGCCGCAUAGGUGACGCCGACGACCAUUCAGCAUGCGUUACUCAACCUCUUGGCAAGCAACUACUGGCUGACCAAUCCCUCGACCUCCACGCUGUUACCCUUGCAGCCCUGUGCCGCAUCCUUGCACUCUACUGCGGCGUCUCAGACGUCCUUCUCGCCCUCGACUUCGACAAAGAAUCUGAUACCUUCUACCCCAUUCGUGUCAAAUGGAAUGAUGACACCCCAUGGAGCACUCUUGUCUCCGACGUACAUGCUUCUAUAUCCAGCCGCACCCUUCCUCGUCUAUCCGUGUUCACCGCUCGCGACACACUUGGUCUCGACGCGAAGCAGUGGCCAUUCAUUUCUUCCAUCCACCUCCAUGCAUCCCAGAGUGACUGUGCUGCCCCUAGUCCAUGUCCGCAUUUCUGCAUUAAUCUUCCGCGGGAAUACAUCUCGUUCCACUACCUACCCAACCAUGUUCACCAAUCUGUCGCGUCACAGCUCGUGUCCCAGGUCAUCGCUACCGCGGUAGAUAGAGUUCAGCAUCCUCAGUCCAAGUUUAGCUCGGUCCCAUCGCUUCCGCGCCACCUGCUUUCUUCGGUUGAGCGCCUAUCUCCAGAGGAGUGUGCGUCGCAUUACAAGCACAUUCCUCCAGUCCGUAUUGUCACGGACUUCAUACUACCACACGUCACCGAACGGCCCAAUGCCACCGCAGUGCAGUGGUACGAGACCCUUGAUGAGGGCGACGAACCUGCUGAAGAGCUAACUUAUUCGGAGCUGCAUUAUGGUUCAAACAAGAUUGCGCGUUGGCUAGUAUCGCUGGGCGUACGGCCGGGCGAUCGAGUUGCAGUAUCUAUGUAUCGUGACGUCAGGUUCCACCAGAUGCUCUUCGGUGUCCUCAAGGCUGGAGCUUGCUACGUUCCGAUUGAUCCUGAACUCCCUUACGAGAGGAAGUCGUUCCUUGCGAGCGAUUCUGAGGCUCGCGUGGUACUGACUACAGAUCACUUUGAGAUAUUCUCAGACAGCGCUGUGGAUACGUCAAGCGCGGACGUUCGGCACGCCAUCGACUUGAUGAGCGACUCCGACUUGGAUAUUGCCACUCCAGAGGGAUUGGCUUACAUGCUCUAUACUUCUGGGACAACUGGGAAACCAAAGGGCUGCCUCCUGACCCAUGAGGGAUUCGUUCAGGCGAUAUGGGCUUUGAGCUCGCUUUCUGCCGAUGUUCGCAUGGACGAUGUUAGAAAAGGGAAAUACUUAGGCGUUGCUUCGGUCGCUUUUGAUGUCCAUCUUUCGGAGACCAUGGUGUCCUUCUCUCUCGGUAUGACUAUCGCUUGUGCUCCGAGAUCGGUUCUUCUAGAGGACCUCCCAUCUUUCAUAAGCGAAUUGAAGGUCACACAUGUCGGCAUUGUGCCGAGCCUUAUCGACGCAACAAUGGGUACCGUAGAAGACACGGACGACAUGGCUUUGAGGUUUAUUGCGAGCGGUGGGGAGAAGAUGAGCGAUACGAUCCUUGACAAGUGGGCAAAUCAUACUGUUGUUAGGUUAGCCAACUUUUAUGGUCCGAGUGAGGUCACCAUAGGUUGCGCCGCGCGCGUCAUGGAUCCAGCUGUCCCAAAGUCAAAUAUAGGACCAACCUUUGCGAACGUCUCUUCCUAUGUCGUGGACGAAGAUCUCAAUAUACUUCCACGCGGCUGUGUUGGGGAACUCGUGGUGGAGGGACCUCUUGUUGGCAGAGGCUAUCACGGGCGACCCGACCUGGCUUCUAGAGUUUUCCUAGAGUGGCCGUCUCCAGGGCAAAGGUCGUAUCGGACUGGUGACCUAGUGCGAAUGAUGCCGGAUGGUACUCUCGAGAUUAUGGGAAGAAAGGACACUCAGGUGAAGCUGCGUGGAGUACGUAUAGAAGUCGACGAGAUCUCUUCUGUGUUGAGGCGUGCAGCCACAACGGUUGUCCCAUCUGCCAGUGAUACAGAGACUGUUCUCUCCUCGCAUCCGAAGAUAGGUGGCGGAAGCGUCCCUCAGCUCGUGUCAUUCGUUGCGUUGGAUCCAUCGGUGCCCGUCCAAACGAGACGCAACACUCGUCCUAAAGUUGUGCAGCCGCCUAAGGGUCUCCUGGCUACUUCCCGAGAGGCAUUCGAGAAGCAGCUUGCCAACUACAUGCGCCCGUCGCAUGUCAUUCCAGUCGACUUCUUGCCUCUUAACCCGAAUGGCAAGACUGAUGCUAAGGUGCUUGCUACCAUGUUCCAGGAACUAGACUUCGAUACCCUCAUCGACCUCUCCCGCGAACCUUCGACCGCAUCCGAACUGACGACCGUGCAACCACCGUCGCAUCCGUCCACCCCCACUGAGGAGGCGCUGGUAUCGAUUGUGAAGGCACACACUGGCCUCACAUCGCUCUCUGUCGACUCGAAUUUCUUCGCAUGUGGUCUAGACUCGCUUUCUCUCGUCCGCGUCGCAGCAGACAUCACGCGCGAAUUUGGCAAGCGCGUGUCGAUGUCAGAGCUGAUGGCAAAUCCUACUAUCUCCGGCAUAGCAUCGUAUGUGGAUGAGUCUGGCCAGCCGAGGAUCCGAGUAACAGACGGGAGCGUACUACGGCAGUUCAGGGAACGUUGGUUGGAGGAGAUUGAAGACGCCUAUUCCAGGGAUAAGGUCGAGGAGAUUUUGCCUGCGUUUCCUGUGCAGGAGGGGGUGCUCUCUAGUUUGGAUGAAUCCCCGAACAUGUUCGUUCAGCAUGUAGUUAUCAAGCUUCUGGACGCGAGCAAGGCCCCUCAACUGCGUGGCGCUCUGCAGGCCGUCAUGAACGAUGCGCAGAUCUUACGGACGGUCUUUCACUUUGGCGCAGAACUUGUCCAAGUCGUGUUGCGUCCCAGUGCCGUCCGACUUUCUUGGCGAGAGCGGUCGGUUCCCGACAUUGAGGAAUCUGCUUUCAGCGACUGGUUUUUUGCUAAGGAGGCGGAGCACAUUUCCGAGGGGGUCAACAACGAUAUAUCCACGCAACCACCGUUCGUAGUGCAUCUCUACUCUGCUCCGACGUAUACGUGCAUCGUCCUUUCCAUACAGCACGCGCUUUUUGACGGUAUAUCCCUACCACUUCUUCUCAAGCGGAUAGACGACGAGGCUGCUGGGCGACCUUCUUCAAAGGCUGGCGAGCUUCGCCCAGCUCUUGAGGAGAUUUCGCGCGUCAACCCUGCUGACACGCAACGUUAUUGGUCUACGUACUUUAAAGGCUUCGAAUGGCUCUCUGCGUCCGAGCCUUUGCCUUUUACCGAGUCUCCUAAACGCAAGCAUAUCUCGUUCAAGCAGUCCUUAUCAUAUUUCAAGGAGAAGAUGGCCAAGCACGAAGUUACCUUACAGGCGUUGCUUUCCUCUGCCUUUGCCUAUCUGCUAGCGUCGAGGCUAUUCCACAAGAACGAUGUGGCAUUCGGGGUCAUUCGCUCUGGUCGGCUGUUGCCCGUCGAUAAAAUCGAUGAGUUACUGUGUCCAACGAUUUGCAUACUGCCCAUGCGCUUCGACUUCAAUCACAGUGAUAACAUCCUGCGGCAGGCACAGCAAGAUAUCUCCGCUUCUGUCCCGUACGAAAACGUCCCUCUCGGAAAGGUCCAGCGGUGGAUUGGUGCCGGCUCAGGUUCCCUGGAGGCCUUAUUCUCUGUGUCAGCGAAGGAUGAGACCAUCUAUGAUUCAUGGGAGGUUUUACACAGCGAGUUACCUCAACCUGACUUCCCCUUGUCCGUCGAGAUUGUUAUGGAUCAGAAGGCAGAUGCCUUGACUCUGGAGGCUGCUUACUAUGACAGCUCCCUGUCCUGUGAUAUCGAUUCGCUGCUGGAAGACUUCGAAGAGACAGUGAUGCACCUGCUCGCUCGAGGGGGAUCCGUGGUUCCUACCAAAGACACAGGCUUCGUUACAUUCAAGGCCACGUCGAACGGGCGACAGCUUACUGUCAAUACCUCGUCGGAGAAGUCACUCGAUACGCCUCCCCUCACAAACGGAGGUUCUGUAUCCAGUUCACCUCCGUCAACUCCCGUCGACCGACCUCAAAUCAACAGCCCUGACACGCUGAACGGCAAAGCAGAGGGUUCCAUACCCGUAGACGAUGAGAUCCAACGUUUACAAGGCAUUAUUGCGAACUUCUUCAACACGGAAAUGUCGUUCUUGACGGAGGAGACCUCCUUUAUCUCUCUUGGACUCGAUUCCAUACGCUCAGUCGGUUUGUCUCGCCGGCUCAAGAAGGAAGGAUUCCAGAUUCCUGGAGGCGAGAUCAUCAGAAAUCCGACGAUAUCGUCCAUCAGGGCGUAUCUAGCUAAGUCUGCGUCCCAUCGUACAAAGCAGAGAGAGUCGGAAGCAGCUGCAGCAUAUCGCAAGCGCUGCGCUGAACUCAGCAAGAGCCUCGAAAUUUCUUCCAUAAAGCUGAAGCCUGACGACAAAGCGUCGGUUCAUCCUGUCACUAUUUUGCAGGCUGGUAUGCUGUCCCAGACGGUUGGCUCUGAUGGAUCCCUCUACGUUCAUGCAUUCCCUAUGCGACUCUCGGAAGAAGUCGACACCGAGCGACUUAAAAACUCUUGGCAGCAAGCCACACAGUCUAUUGAUACACUUCGUACUUCCUUCCACUUCCUUGCUGAUGAGGGGGUAUGGACUCAAGUGGUGCACUCUCGCUGGGAGCUCAACUGGCGCGAAGAGGAAUACGAUCUGGAGAAGUCACUGCUCUCGAUGCUCUCUGAGCAGGUAUCCUCGGUCAAGUUCGCAGAUGAGAAUGCCUUCCGCGUCCCUCCUGUGUUCCUCCGUUUGCUGCAGUCGAAGGAUAAGUCAUCACGUCUGCUAGUUCUGAUCCUACACCACGCUCUUUACGACGGCACUUCCAUUGCUAUGCUUUCUGACGAGGUUCAGAAGAUCUACCGGGACUCCCAGCUACAGCGCACGCCAUCUUUGGUAGACUUCCUUCCACGGAUCAUGCACGAGGAGCAGGAGGGGACUCCGUUCUGGACUGAGCGUCUGCAGGGAUAUUCGGUACCUCGUCUUGCCUCUAUUGCUGAAACCGCCAAGUCUCAGAACGCUGUCCAUCACGUUGAAUUACCGUCCGGGAGUUUGGACAAGCUAGUUCGCUACGCUGCGGUCACACCUCAGACUGUUGCCCAAGCUGCAUGGGCGAGAUUCCUGUCCAUAGCUUAUGGCACAGAAGACGUCCUCUUCGGACACGUAGUCUCAGGCCGCUCGAUGGAAGGGUCAGAAGAUGUCAUCGGUCCCAUGCUGAACACUAUCCCCUGCCGAGUCAAGUUGGAACAGCAGAUAUCGAAUCGCGAUCUUGUUCGUCAGAUUCACGAGAACAACACUCUCAACAUGCAGUGGCAACAUGCGUCGCUACGCGCAGUUCAGAACAAGCUGCAGGUGGCAAGAUUAUGGGACAGUCUUUUCCUGUUCCAGCCCAAUAACGAAGAGACCGGCUCCUCUCUCUGGGAGUUUGUCGAGGCGGAGCUGAGCGAUUUGGAGUACGAUGCCCACGUUCAGUAUCCCAUGAACGUCGAGUUCUACCAAACCGACACUGGCUUCGUGCUGAAAGCUGUAUCCUUGUCUUCCUUCAUGAGCGCUCAAAAUCUCGGCGAUGCUUUACGACUGGUUGGGUCACUCUUGCAACAUAUCGUACAAGAACCAGACCACCCCCACACGACCUUCGAAGCUCCUACACGAACGUUCAUCACUGCCAUCAACCCGGAUUCCAACGUGUCGUCUCCAUCUCCUCAGGAUGAGUCGCAAACGAGCGAUCAGCCAUUGCCCGAGUUCUUGGAUAUCCUCUCGUCCAUGGCGAACGUUCCUGUUUCGAGGCUCAACCUCGACAGAUCUCCAGUUACUCUCGGGAUCGACUCAAUCACGGCCAUACGCCUGAGGUCGACGUGCAGAAAGGCGGGGCUUGUUCUAAGCAUCGGUGACAUUGUUAAUAGCAAGACGCUGCUCGAGAUGACGAAGAAAGUCAAGAAAAAGCCUACCACCUCAUUACCCACCAGCGCGUCUUCGACACCUUCUCCUUCAACGCCGCUUACUCCAGGCUCUUUGAAAGCAUAUGACGUGUCUGAGAAGGAUAUACCUUCCGUGUCUCAAAGAUUCCCUCGCUCGCAGGCUCGCGACAUCGAGUUCAUCAGUGCCCCAACAUCUGGUAUGAAGUGGUUCAUCUCAGCAUGGCAGGCCAGUCAGAGGACCAGAUUCCAAGCCGUCUUUGCCUGGCGCCUCGGGGAUCACGUUGAGACAGAACGUCUACGGAGCGCAUGGAAUACGCUUCUUAAACACCAUCCUAUCCUGAGGUCGACGUUUGCAAGCCCGAAGUCGGGAGGUGACCCUCACAUCGUCACUUUCAAGGCCUCAGAUGCGGUCUUACGUGGGCAGUGGCACGAAGAUUCCGUCAACAGCGACUACACCGAAGGGAUGCUGACGGCCAGGAUGGGAGACAUUUUGGCAAACUCGCUUCCUCUGCACUUGCCACAGGCCAAAGCGUUCCUCUACCAGACGAAGACUGACCGCCACCUCUUGAUACGUCUGCAUCAUUUCCAGUACGACGCGUGGAGCAUGCGUAUGCUUUACGACGAUCUCGUCCGUAUAUACCAUGGGUCGGCACCCUCGUCGUUUGCAGACCUACCCACUUUCCUGCAGGAAUACAAGGCGACAGACGAUCAAGCGGAUCAGCAGAAGGAGUAUUGGAAGAGACUGUUCGGAUCGUUGAAGCAGCCAAAUUACUUUCCUUGCCUAGCCGGCGAGAGGACUACCUCUCCGCGUCGAACCAUUAUCAAUCCUGUCUCCACUACAUCGCGAACAUCUACCCUAGUUAAACAAGCGCAGUCACUCGAGCUCUCAGUGCAGGCAAUCUUGUUGGCAUGCUGGGCACAGGUGCAGUCAUCAUUGACACUCACACACUCGGCUACGUUCGGACUAUGGGAUGCUGGCCGCACGGUUGCUAUCGACGACAUCGAGAACUACGCCCUCCCAUGUGUCAAUGUCCUUCCGCUCCAUGUCGUGACUGGAAAGGACGGAAUCCUUACGGUCGCAGAACGGGUACAGAACGAACUCCGCAGACGAAGUGCCACCAUCCAACAAACGGAUCUGCAAGACGUCCACAUGUGGGCGGGGCGGAGCGACUCUCCUCUGUGUAACGUUUUCGUAAACGUCAUCAAGAUUGCGAAAAACAGCACAACUCUUGCUGUCGAGGAUGACACUCUUCGACACGUUAGGGUGCCUUACGGUUUACCUCCAGAAGUGACCACGCCUGACGAAAGGGUCUUGGACAAACUGCGCCUGACAAAUUUGAUCAGAGAUGACAUUACCGUCGACAUAAUCAUUGAUGAAGACAGCGACCGUGCAAGCAUAUCUGUUGACUGCGCUGACUAUAUCAUGAACGAAGAACAGGCUACAGAACUUGUGAAUCAAUGGUCUCGAGCAGUAGAGGAGUGGUGUGAGGAGUUACCAAAGCCAGGAUUUACUUGUAGAAUUAUCUGAUAGAAUUUAUUUGGACGCAUGUAUACGACAUCUUAUAACAUCUCGCGGAAGUCUUUGUAUCAAUAAUCAUCUCCCCGUUUGUGUUCAACGACCUUUGCGAGCCUCCUCUAAGCAUCGAGUUUCCAAGCCCCGCAGCCAAAUGACUUCUACAUGGCCCUUUCGGAGAUACUCGACACCUUUGCAUUCAACAAAGUCGGAAGGUUCUCCUACUCCAAUGAUACAACGUCGGACUUUUGCUUCCACGAGCGCAUCUGCGCAGGGAGCAAGUCCAGACGUUCUGACAGAGCACGGUUCCAGAGUAGUAUACACGUCCGUGCAUUGAAGGAUCUUAUCGACAUUGACAUCCGUAACAUCGGGAAACAGAAUGUGAAGGUCUGACUGGGAUAGGGAGCGCGCUUUCGCGAGAGCGUUGGCUUCGGCGUGGGUGUUGCCUGGCAGUUCCCUGGAGAAGCCAGUCGAGAGCACGACUGGUUGUGCGCCGGGGCGAAGACCACGGGCCACAAGGAUGCAGCCCACACAAAAUGCGGUAGCAACUGGCUGGCAUUUGGCUGCUUCCCGCAGGGCCAUCUCCAUGUAAACCGUGUGGUCAUCGGUGGUCGAUUCCGCCAUGUUUCCGACUUG